CACAACAAGACGCAAUACAAAACAUACCGGUGCUAUUAUUGGCGCGUGAACACAGUGACUGUCUGCAACAAAACUGAGUUUUGCCUUGAAUUCCAUAAUUACGUCUCAUCAAAGAUGGCCAAACCACGGGAUGCAAUUUGCAUCAUUUUUGAUGUUGGAGUCAACACCAACGUGUACGAUAAAUUAAAAGAGAAAACGUUCUACGACGAAGCAAAAAUAUGCAUCGAAUCGAUUGUUCGAAACAAGAUUUUCACCAAGCCCACCGAUGAAAUAUCAUUGUUUUUGAUGGGAACCGAAACGACUGACAAUGAUUUGAAUGCAGCUGAUCCAACAAGCUUCCAUAAUAUCAGCCAUGCCUUCGAUCUGAAGCCAAUGUCAUGGGACAUUUUGAAAUACGUUCAAACUAGCAUUGAUCCGCCGAGUGCAUACACAGCCGAUUGGGUCGAUGCGAUCAUUGUUGCAAUGGAUUUCUUCAGAAAGCAAUCGGGUGACGAUGUGAAAGAUACUAUUGUCAAAGGUUUGAUGGAUCUCGACAUUGAAUUGAUUGUCGUCUCCAAAAAUAUAGAUUCGGCGAAAGCAAGUUUCAUUCGAACACCCGAUGCAGAUGCAAAUCAAAUUCAAAGCGAACGAUUCGCCGAGGACAUUGUGAGAGAAAACCUUGGUGUUUUGUGCAACAUAAGUGAAGCUGUUGAAACAUUAAGCUAUGUUGACAAGAAAAAACGCCGACGAACGCCAUGGAAAGCUGAAUUAACCAUUGGAAGUAAUCUGGAAAUUAAAAUUGCCGCGUAUAUUUAUGUCCGUGAUGAAAAAGAAUUGGAUGCUUGGAAAAAUCGUUUCGGCGAAAGUGUGCAACAACUCGGUGCACUCGGUGUAUCUACUUCAUCAAGCAUGAUUGCUGCUACCUCGAAAACUGAAUAUAAACACAAUGAUACAGUUAUUGAAAAAGAGGCUGCUGCUGAAGCUUUGAUCAAAGGAUAUAUGUAUGGUGGUGAGCCGAUUAUAUUCGAAGACACCAAGUUUGAAAAUGGUGGAAAACAAUUGAAAUUAAUCGGAUUCACCGAGAUUGCUUCAAUUAAACUGGUUUAUUUGGUUGGCGAUACGAUUUGGCUGGUUGUACCACAAUACGGUGCCGACGUUUCAACAAAAAAGUUUGCCGCUCUAUUAAAAGCAAUGGAGAAAUCAAAACUGGCAAUCAUUGCUCGAUAUGCAUAUAGAGCUGGCGUAGCCCCAAAACUCAUGGCAUUAUUCCCCGAUGAAGAUAAAAUGCUCAUGUACGAGCUGAACUACAAUGACAGCUACGUUGAUCUACAGUUUCCGACACUUACGUCCAAUGCAUAUGCACCGAGUGACGAGCAACGUGAAUGUAUGGAUAAAUUCAUUGACUCAAUGGAUUUGUCGGGUGAAGAUCAAAUGAAUGUCGACGAUAUUGAACCAUUGGGAAUGUUUGACAAAUUAUUGGAUCCAGGUUUGCAGUACACAUAUCGUGCGAUGGCACACCGUGCUAUCAAUCCAGGUGAACCGAUGUUGAAGUUGGACGAUGAUAUUAAGGCGUUGAUAACUGCACCGAAAAAGCCGGAUGUUGAACAAUUGAAAACGGUGUUCCCAUUAAAGGAGGCCAAAUUAACAGGCAAAGAUGCAAUCUUGCAAAAAAUCCUCAAAGCGGAUAAACAGGAACCCGAAUCGGAAGUCAAACCAGAUCUUGAGCAGAAGAAAUACAGUGAUGUCCAUGAAGUUGGCACCAUUAAACCGGCAGAUGAUUUCAAUAGUUUGCUGGACCAAGGUGAACCGUUCAAUGUGCUUUCGGAACAAAUCGAAAAGGUAAUCGUUGCCAUUGUGAUUAAAUCAAUGGUCGCCAUGGAUGAUAAGGUGCUCAAAGCUCUAAUGGUAUAUCGCGAGACGGCCAAAUUGAAAGGACCAUUCAAAUACAAUUCGUGGAUACCAACAUUCAAAGAGGAAUUGAAACAACGCGAAAAGAUUCAAUUGUGGCAAUCACUUAUCAACGAAAAAUUGGGCUUGAUCUCGGCAAAUGAAAGCGAAAUCAGUACAGUGACAGAAGACGAAGUAAAGGAAUUCUACAAAUUUGAUGAUUUCAACACCAUACAAAGCCACACAAACAAUAACGAUGUACUUGAAUCGGGCGCCGACCUAUUUGAUGACAUGUAAAGUCUACGUUUUCUAUUCGUUUCACUUUUUCUCGUUUUUUUUAUACAUAGAUUUAAAAACUCGUUAUUUUCUCGAAAUUUAAAAGUGGAUCUUUCAAAUCCAUUAAAUCAAACAACAAAGUACAGGAUACCUCGUCAAAUAGUUACUUUUACAUACUACAAGCACAGUUUUCAGAAGUUAUGUAAAGUUCAUUUUUGUUGAACUAAAUGAAUAAGAAAACACAGUAAAAUUAGACUACUCA